AUGCCAGAGUCCAAAUUUGCUUUCUGCUUCGCGUUCGAUUUUCAUUACUCAUUUAUUGACUUAUUGAUGAUCAACGUUCAUGGUCUGUAUUUGGGUUCGAUUGGUACUGCAAUUAACAAGGCUGCUUUGAAAGACCAUAAUAUUUCUCACAUUUUGACUGUGGCUGGUCGAAUACCACCUGCACAUCCUGAGGAUUUUGUCUAUAAAAUUAUAGACGGGGUUUCAUGGCUUUUAAUUGAAUUCGCAAUUCACAAUAAAUGGGAUAACUCUGUGCGCUUUAGGAUGAUAAUUGUGUUUGCUUGCAAUUCUGAACGUGCAUGCUUUGGCCCUUAG